UUAUGGAGUGGGUGAGACAUUGCAGUGGGGCUCAGAAAUUUUCUUAAAAGGCAUUCGUUUUUUCCCUGCAGAAGAAAGGUAUUUGGAGUAAUAUAAAUUUUACAUUUCUUAUAAGUUUCUCCUCAUAAUGGCUCCUGAAAAACCAAACCACAUUCGAUGGAUAAAAUGUAGCGUCGGACAUAUUUUUUUGUUAUUUUUUUUCCUGUGUUUUAUCUGCCAUUUCGCUGUCGGACACCUUAGAUAUUCUAUUCCAGAGGAAAUGAAGAGAGGCUCUGUGAUUGGUAACGUUGCGCAGGACCUUGGCUUGGAUCUGAAAAAGCUCCGUUCUGGCCGUGCCCGUAUCGUAAGUGGAGAGCGCAUCCAGUACGUCGAGCUGAAGGAAGACAAAGGGCUUUUGGUAGUGAAGGAAAGAAUCGACCGGGAGCAGCUUUGCGGUGACACAACACCCUGUAGUUUCAGUUUUGAGAUUAUUUUAGAAAAUCCUAUGGAGCUACAUCAAAUUACAGUCGAGAUCAAAGAUAUAAAUGAUAAUUCCCCCAUGUUUAAAAGAGACCGCAUGGAUUUUGAAAUAAGUGAAUCCGCUACUGUUGGCGCUCGUUUCUCGCUCAUAAGUGCAGAAGAUUUAGAUGUGGGAGUGAACGGACUAAGAGAAUAUUUGUUGAGCGAUAAUGAUUAUUUUAUUCUAAAACAACAUUCAAAUGCGGAUGGCAAGAAAUAUGCAGAGAUGAUUCUGCAGAAUCCAUUAGACAGAGAGACAAACCCAAACCUGUCCUUAAAGCUGAUCGCCGUGGACGGAGGAACGCCUCAGAGAUCUGGUACCGUUAAUAUAAAUAUUUUGAUUCUUGAUGUUAAUGACAAUGCACCUAUUUUCAACCAGUCUGUAUAUAAAGCGGUCGUCACGGAAAUGUCUCCUAAAGAAACGUACGUUAUAACUGUUAAUGCUAGUGACAAAGAUUCUGGUUCAAACGGCCUUAUAACAUAUUAUUUUUCAGACCUUGACAGUGCUCUGGGUGAGUUGUUUAUUAUUGAUGAAAAUACAGGAAUAAUAUCCGUUAAGGGCGAUAUUGAUUAUGAAAAGGACAAAAAGUAUGAACUUAGAAUUGAUGCUAAGGAUCAAGGAGGACUGACUGAUUCAAGUAAAGUAGUCAUUGAAGUCAUCGAUGUAAAUGAUAAUGCCCCUAUUAUAAACGUCAUGUCCUUUACUAGCCCCCUGUCAGAGGAUUCUCCUCCUGGAACAACUAUUGGUAUAAUUAAUGUAAAAGACCUGGAUUCAGGUGAUAAUGGUAAGGUUAGCUGCACAAUUGAAAACAAUGCUCCCUUUAAAAUCAAGUCUAAUCUAAGAGAUUAUUACACUCUGAUAACAGAUUCUGUGUUAGAUCGUGAAAGUGUGUCAGUAUAUAAUAUUACCGUAUUUGCCACUGACAGUGGAGUACCUCCCCUUUCGGCUAAAAUAACCUUACAUUUAAAAAUUUCAGAUGUGAAUGACAAUGCUCCAGUCUUUCUACAAAGUUUCUACACCGCUUAUAUAAGAGAAAAUAAUUCCCCUGGUACCUCAGUUCUAACACUGUCAGCUAAAGAUCCUGAUGAGAAACAACACGCUCGUAUAUCCUAUACACUGGAACAAGCGACUGUUGCAGGAUCCCCAAUAUCUGAGUAUAUUUCUUUAAAUAUAGAAAGUGGAGUGAUAGAAGCAAUCCGCUCUCUUGAUUAUGAACAAAUUAAAGAGUUAGUUUUCGUUGUUAAAGCACAGGACGGAGGGUCUCCUCCUCUUAGCAGCAACGCGACAGUGAAAAUCCUGAUUCAGGAUCAGAACGAUAACCCCCCACAGAUUCUUUACCCAGUCCAGACAGGUGGCGCUAUGGUGGCUGAAAUGGUGCCUCGUUCAGCAGAUGUGGGCUACCUGGUCGCUAAAGUGGUGGCUGUUGAUGUGGACUCUGGACAGAACGCCUGGCUCUCCUAUAAACUGCAGAAAACUACAGACAGGGCGCUGUUUGAAGUGGGCUUACAGAAUGGAGAAAUAAGAACAAUCCGUCAGGUGACUGAUAAAGAUGCUGUGAAACAGAGACUGAUCGUUAUAGUGGAGGACAACGGACAGCCCUCUCGUUCAGCAACAGUCAUUGUUAACGUGGCGGUGGCAGACAGCUUCCCUGAUGUGCUCUCGGAGUUCACUGACUUUUCACACGAUAAGGAGUACAAUGACAAUUUGACUUUUUACUUGGUGUUGGCUCUGGCUGUGGUUUCCUUCCUCUUCAUCACGUGUUUGGUGGUUAUUAUAUCAGUGAAGAUCUACAGAUGGAGACAGUCCCGCAUCCUGUAUCACUCCAACCUUCCUGUGAUUCCUUAUUAUCCACCACGUUACUCAGAUACUUUGGGAACAGGGACUCUACCACAUGUGUACAAUUACGAGGUGUGUAGGACGACUGACUCCAGAAAGAGUGACAUCAAGUUCUGCAGAGCUGGUAGUCAGAAUCUGUUAAAUAUGGACAGCAGUUGUACCGGGACAAUGCAGCGGAUACAGAGCGAGAAGAGCAUCCUGGAUGAAACUGACUCUCAUUUAGAGGUAGGUCAGCGAUCAUAGCAUUAUGCAUGGCACUACUUUUCCUGUAAUUCUUUCUCCUGUGUCAAUUUUUAUCCUGGUAUACAGUUGUUUUAUAUCUCAGCACCAGGGACAGCACCUUUUUUCGGU